AUGAGAAUGAAAUUCGUUGGACUCUUCGCUGCACUCUUUCUCCUGGCCCUCUGCCUGGCCGUCGGUGACGCGCAGAGAUUUGGAUUUGGAGGACGCGGAUUCGGUGGACGCGGAUUCGGAGGAUUCGGCGGACGCGGAUUCGGUGGAUUCGGCGGACGCGGAUUCGGUGGAUACGGCGGGCGCGGAUUCGGUGGAUUCGGUGGCAGACGCUUUGGCUUCUUCGGCUAA